AUGGCGUCGACUCUUGCUGUUGGUCUCGGUGUUGCCACGGCAGCCUUCCUGGGCCGCGCUGGUUUUGUUGCUUUCCGUCGGUACCGGGGAGGCGUGAAUGCUGUCGGAAAGGCUUUCUACAAAGGGGGGUUUGAGCCUCGGAUGACCCGCCGCGAAGCCGCACUGAUCCUUGAACUCCCGGAACGUACGCUCAACAAAGAGAAGGUCCGCAAGAAGCACCGCCAGCUCAUGCUUCUGAACCACCCCGACCGCGGUGGCAGCCCGUAUCUCGCGACGAAGAUCAACGAAGCCAAAGAAUUCCUGGAUAAGCAUUCAUGA